UUUUCUUGAUGACUUUCCUAUGUUGUACUGCAAUAUUGGUUACAUCUUCAGAGGAAUAUUAAUUUACAAUUAUUUUUUUAUGGUGUAUGAUUUGUGUUAUAUUAAAAAAAAUUCUACAAUUGUUCCUUUCGCUUUCAUGAAAAUUUCAAUUCUUAUAUAUUUUAAUUCUCUCAUAAAUGAAAGGAAGUAAAGAGACGGCGAUUAAAACGACAUGCUAUUAUUUAGUUAUCAAUAUGGCAACACUGACUUAAUAAUUUUUAGUAAACAAUAAUAAAAAUGUAGAUUUUAUAAAUCCAAUACUUUGAAUUGCGGUUGAAACGGGUGUUAGGUGGUUUUUGUUAAUAAUGGCAGAUCAAGCAACGCGUGGAAGACACUAAUUGUGUAAACUAGGAUUUAUUCGAUCAAGUUGUAAUGGCAGCAUCUUUAGCCGAUCGCUGUUGUCCAGAUUCAUUUGAUGAUGGCGAGAAAGAGCCUUACGGACAGGGGGCGGAGGCUUUGGCUGCCCAGCCAAUACCAGAUGCCUUGUACAACUGGGUCAACGUUACUGAAGAGUUUUUUGCAUCCGUGAAAGAUCUGCAGCUGGGGGAGCUGCUGCACGAUGAGCUGUUCGGCCUGUUCGAGGCGAUGUCGGCCAUCGAGAUGAUGGACCCGAAGAUGGACGCGGGAAUGCUGUGCAACCGUGGCAGCAAGGCCGCACUCAACUUUGACCAAGCAGUGCAGAGCGGGGCCCUGAAGCUGGACGACCUGACGCUCGCCGAGCAGAUCGGCAUCGUCGACUGCACCCUGGCGUGCCUGGUGUCGUGGCUGGAGGGCCACUCGCUGGCCCAGACGGUGUUCACCAACCUCUACCUGCACAAGCCGCACCAGAUCGGCGACCGCUGCGUCAAGGCGUUCAGCGUCAGCGUCUUCAAGAUAGUGGACAUCAUAAAGGACUUCGUCAACAGAGCCCUGGUGUAUGAGGAGGAAGACUUUCAGCCGCUGGUGUACGGAUACCGACUGAGUCCGGACGUGUCGGAGCCACGAGCCCUCGGCAUGUUGAAGGAAGUAGAAGAUGAAUUGCACAGGAAGAUUCGUAGCUCGAGCAAGCCGGUGACGGCCGGCGUUCCUUCGGAGCACGACGAAAUGUCGGCCCUGCACUCGCGCAUCAAGUUCACACGUCUCCUGUACCAAGUGCUGAGCUGCCUGGGCCGCCGGGAGCACCAGGCGCUGGGCGACUGCGUGCGCCUCCUCACCGGCUGCUCCGAGAUGUUGGCGUCCAUGCAGAGGACCGUGCAGUGCGGGGUCCAGCCCGACGCUAACUCUGAUCAUCCAAGCAUCAUGGGUUUUGAUCCACUGGUGAACCAGCGACUGCUACCUCCAACAUUUCCCAGAUACACAAAAAUAAAAUCGAGGGAGGAAGCACUAGACUACUUUGAUGAAUUAAUAAACAGACUUAAGAUUGUGUGUAAGAUAACCAAUCAAACAUCAUUUCACAGUGCUCUGGAUUUUUUCAUAGAAUUCAGUUGCCACAGCCCAUGCAUCUUAUCACGCUCCAUUCUGCAACUGCUGUAUCUUCCCGUCUUCAACAAGGUGUUUGGAACCCUUAGUUUCUCUGAUGUUCUCAGAGAGGCGGCCAAGAAUUUCAUCUUUCCACCUGCGUUGAUGCCAAAAUCUACUUUGCUUGCUAACACACAGGCGAAGGAGUACGUGGAUACGUUGCUGACACACUGUGUCCGCCCGUUCGGGAACCUCAUCCAGCUGUGCGGGCACAACAGGGCCAGGCAGAGGGACAAGUUGGCACACCUUCUGGAGGACUUUGCCACCCUCCAGGACGAGGCGGAACGAGUGGAUGCGUACCUCCACAACCUGUCGCUCAAGUCGGACACUCCACGUCCGCACCUGGCGUGUUUCGGCACGUGGAUCCUCUACCACACGCUCAGGAUAAUGAUCAUGUACCUGCUGUCUGGCUUUGAGCUCGAGCUGUACAGCACCCACGAGUAUCACUACAUCUUCUGGUACCUGUAUGAGUUCCUGUAUGGCUGGCUGGUUUCAGCGUUGUCGAGAGCUGACAGUUUUCUUUUGGAACAAGAGGCUAUAGCAGAAAAUCAAAAAGGGCGUGGCUCCAAGAAGAGCAAGUCAAAGAAAAAGAAGAUAAGGCCGUAUGGGCGAGAAAUCACAGUCUACCAGGCACUGCAGAACAUGUGUGGUGGUUUCUACAAGGCCAUGGUGGGGUUCCGCCUGGACGGGAAGAUCAAGCUGCCGCACCCGGAGUUCGACAACGAGCAGGUCCGCUACGAGCACAGGUUUGCGCCUUUCGCCAGCCUGCUGACGCCGCCCCCGGUGCAGUACGCCGAGUUCUGCGACAUGACCUCGCUGCUCCGCUACGACCAGGCCCCCAGCAGCAACAACCUGUACAUGGCCGGCUGCCAGAACUUCCACAAGGCGCGGACCCUCCUCGAGAGCAUCACCAGCCCUGAUCAGCAGGUCACUGAUUUGCUGAAAGUCACAAAGACCAACUUUGUUGUCCUGAAGCUGCUGGCUGGUGGUCACAAGAAAGAUUCAUCCCUACCACCCGUUUUUGAUUUUUCUGGUCAUCGCCACUUUCCUAUCAUAAAACUACUGUAACAUCUACAAAACGUAAAGAAAUAAUAAAUACUAUCAACUUUGCAAAAUAUUGAAA